AUGACAACCGAGCAGAAGCCCAAAGUCAAGCUCUACUGGCUUGAACAGUCCAGAGCGCAAAACAUCCUAUGGCUCCUUGAGGAGCUCAAGGUCGAAUAUGAGAUUGAAAUCUUCCACAGGAACAAGCAGACCCUCCUGGCGCCGCCUGAGCUUGCGAAGGUCCACCCCUUGGGCAAGUCGCCCGUGAUCGAUAUCUUCCCCACCGGCUCUGGCGAGUCUAUCACACUGGCUGAGAGCGGCUACAUGACCCAAUACCUGUGCGAGCACUUUGGUCAGAACACCAACCUCAUUCCCAAGAAGUGGAAGGAUGGCCAGGAGGGCAAGCUCGGCGGCGAGACCGAGGAGUACUCGAGGUGCCAGUACCUUCUCCACUACACCGAAGGAAGUCUGCUCCCUGUCCUGACUCUGUCUCUUGUCAUUGGAGCCCUCAAAUCCGACAACGUGCCGUUCUUCGUCCGACCCAUCACCUCGGUGGUCGCCAACAAGAUCUACAGCAUGAUGGUGUUCCCUAACGCCAAGAAGCACCUCGCUCUGAUCGACCAGAUGCUUGAGACCUCCCCCAACGGCGGCAAGUACAUCUGUGGCGAGCACUUGUCUGCCGCCGACAUCCUCCUCAGCUACGCCCUCAUUGCGGCGGAGUCCCGUUUCGACACUCUGGGUAGCUGGCCUGGCGGUUCCGCGCGAGCGGCGCACCCGCGUGUGUUCGAGUACAUUGGUCGGCUUAAGCAGGAGCCCGGCUACUUACGGUCGGCGGACAAGAUUCGUGAGAUUGACGGCAAGUUCGAGAACACUAUCUCCAAGAUGUAA